UCAUCAUUAGACACACCAGCUCUCGAGCAAGCUACAUUCUGCUGUUGUUUAUCGAAAACAAGUGAUCCCAACGAGAUUAUUAAGCCUGUUUCAUCAUGAAGAUCAUUUCGCUUUGUCUUUUUGUUGCUGUUGUUCUUGGGCAGAACAGCACUCAUGAAGAAAUGUUUAAAUCCCUCGAUCUUAAUGGUGACGGCGUUGUGGUGUAUCAGGAAUUGUUGAGUGAUUUCCUUGAGAAAGACACAAACGGUGAUAGACGAGUCUCUCUUGAAGAGUUCUCUGCUAAAUCAUUCGUCGGGUCCAUCCCUAUUUUUGUCGAGUGUACCUUCAACUACUAUGACAAAAUGGAUGGCAAGAACGACGGUAUAAUGGAAGAAAUAUCUUCUAAUAUUACCUACAGCAUCCUGGAUCCUGCCAAUGAUGGGGAAAUCACAUUUGAGGAGUUUGACACAAACGUUGCACAAAUUGAAAAUGGAAUCAUAGCAGAAAUGAUGGCCUUAUUAGAACAAGGUAGUUACUGAUGAAAACCAUACAAGCAAGAGGCUACAAAUAAAAAGAUGUGGAUGGUGUUCCUAAAGCAGUACAGGCUUGAAAAAGAUGUCUUACCCCAGUGGAAACUAUACUACACACGAGCUUGGAAAUAAAAUAUAAAUUGCUCCAAAAUAUCAA